AUGUCUGCCACAGGAGAAGGAGACCUGGCCGCAGGUGGCCUGGACAGGCCCGUGGGCGUGCCGGGGGCGUGUGCCCUGGCGGCCGGGGCUGGCGACGGGCUGGUCGGCGACUCGGGGCCCCAGGGGGCGGCGAGAGUCACGGCGGCGGCGGCGGCGGCGGGAGCCCUCGGGGAGGCGGCGGGGGAGCCGGGGGCCGGCGGCCCGGAGGGCGGGAGCGCCGAGGAGGACUCGGACAUCGAGCCGGCCGAGGAGGGCGAGGAGGCGGCGGCGGCGGGCCGCCUGGCGGUGGACGCGGCGCAGUUCCCGCGGGCGAGCUUACGCCUCCUGUUCCUGGAGUUCGCGCAGUCGCUGCUGCGCCGCCUCUUCUACAAGAACCACGUGCUGCUACGGCCCUGGCCUCCGGCGCCCGACGGCUCGGCCCAGCGCCCCGCGCCCCGCGGGCCGGCGCCGCCAGAGCCGGCCGCCUGCGCCCUGCCGCCGGUCCAGGAGCCGGGGGCGGAGGCCGCGACCCAGGAGCCCGCGACCCAGGAGCCCGCGGAGGAGGCCGCCGCCCCGGAGGAAACAACUAAAUAUCGGUGUGAAAACUCGAAUGAAGAGGCCCACGACGCUGCAGACAAGGACGAAAAAGAGAAGUUUAACAAAAAACAAGAAGGACCCGAAAACGCUCUGGACCCCACAGACAGCACACCGAGAAAAUCCAGUUGGGAGGAAUAGAAAGAAGAUGGAGAAAGAAGAACGAACCUGCUCUUCACCCUUUAGGUUUUUCGUUUUUUAGAAGCCCAAGGGAAUUUUAUCAACACUGAUUUCAUUCCAACUUCAUCACCCCAAAAGUGACAUCCACUGACAUCUGACUUUUCCCUUACAUUUUGCAGAUAUAUUUGACAGCAUUUCUUCUAGUUAAAAAAUUUGUUUUAAAUUAGUAAACUGAAAUGAAGGCAGAUUUUAUUUACAUAAAUAAUCCUGACAAAUCUUUUACCUCGUUUUUUUUUUUUUUUGGCUUACUGUACCUUCAUUAAGACUUAUCACUUUCCACCAUUUGGUAAGCCUAUUUUUAUUAUUUUAUUGCAGCUCAAAAUAAGUUAAAAUGUCAAGUUUAAAAUAAUUUUGUGAAGAGAGAGAUGGAGGUCAAGCCUUUAAUGCUGCACUGUCCACUGUUAGUCACUAGCCAUAUCUGGCUCCUGAGCACUUGAAAUAUGGCUAGUCUGAUUUGAGAUGUGCUACAGGUAUAAAAACAAGUUACAUAUCUUACUAAUAAUUUUAUACUGAUUACAUGUUGAAGUGAUAAUAUAUUGAAUUAAA